AGAUAACUUAGGUAGCUAGGGCUUGCAUAGGGGGGAUGGAUUACAGGAGCACGGUUGUCCACGGCAGCUUUUAAUGACUUGUGUGCUCCGAUUUAGAAUGGGGCAUUUCGCUGUUGCCUUAGCUUUGGCAGCGGCAUGUGCCUACUUUACGUUGGAGCUUUGUAGACCGGACGUACUCCUUGUUGGAACUGUAACCAUCGAUGUGAUGGAUGAUGGGAGCAGGCCAGCGGGAGGGGCCGUCUCGUAUGCAGCAGCUGCUUUGCGAGCCUAUGGCCUACGGGCAUGUGUUGUUACGGUUGCCGGCUCCGAUGCCGACCUGUCCGUGUUCGAGGGCCACGAGCUGCACGUGGUGCCCGCCGCCUCCACGCUCACCUUCGAGCACACCUACACCUGGUUCGGCGGAACCCCUGCCGGGCUAUUCCCGCUGGGUCCCGCCGCCCACCAUGACGUCGCAGGCCACCAGCGGAAGCUGCGGGUGACCGCCAGCCCCAACAUCACCCUCAGCCGGGCGCACGUGCCGCGGCACUGCCAGCGCGCACGCACCAUCAUCCUGGGGCCGCUCACGCAGCAGGAGCUGGACGCGCGGUCCUUCCUGGAGUACGAUGGUCUGUGGGACCAGCUGUCCCGGGGUCGGCAGCACAUCGCCCUGAUGGCGCAGGGCUUCCAGCGCCGCCUCGCAUCGGACGGCCGCGUGCUGCCGCUGCAGACGCCCUCGCCGCAGCUGCUGGCUGGUCUGGGUCGCUGGCGGCGCGUGUCGCUGUUCCUGUCGGACGUUGAGACGGACCUGUGGAGCGAGGACUGGCUGGGGCUGGUGGUGGCGGCUGCGGAGCGGGUGCUCAUCACGCGGGGCAGCCAGGGAGCCACGGAGUACAACGAGACGGGCGUGCAUGCCAUCGACGUGGUGCCGGUGGACAAGGUACGCGACACCAACGGUGCGGGUGACACCUUCGCCACCGGCUACAUGGUGGCCCUGGCCCGCGGCCUGCCCGACCCCGCGCACCACGCCUCCUGGGCCGCCAGCCGCGCCGUCAUGCAGGCGCAGUCCUGCAAGCCGCAGUGCGCGGGCGACCUCAUUGAGGGCCAUGUGCCGCACUGGCAGGCGGGCGACCGGGCGCGUGCUGCGGUGCGGGCAGCGCUGCAUGUGGCCCGGGGCUUGGUGGACUAUACGCUGCGGGACGGGGUGGCGGCGCUGUUGCACCUGCGGGCCCUGCCGCGAGGUGCGCUGUGGCGGGUGUUUGCGAGUGCGGCGGGGCCGGCGGCGGGGCCAGCUGGGGUAAGCGACCGAGGAGCGCUGGAUGACCCAUGGGACGUGGGCGGUAGUGGUUGAGAGAGGUGCAGCGGGGGAGGGAGAGGAGCAGAGGGUUGGGGUGGGGUUAGUGUAGGGUGUGCAUGAAGAGUAUAGGAGGGUACGGGGUGACGCAUUGUGCAAAUGCAGAGGGAGGCGGAAUGCCUUUGACGCGGGGCUGUGAAUUGAGAUGAUGAUGCUCGAGGGGUUGGAAGGAGCAUGGAAACAUGUCAGGGUGGAUGGCAAGCGCGGGCAUGAGCAGGCUUGGGCGGCUGGUGCAAUGCAGUGAGGAUGGCUGCAGGGAUGCGGAUGUCUUGUGUACAAUUACCACGUGUGACAUGAACACCGUAUAUGCUGUCGACUUGUAGUGAAGCAGUGUGAGGGGGGGCAAUGAACGUCUGGAACAGGAAUGUGUACUUGGCGAGUGCGACGUAUGUUUGCAUUGGUUACCUGAUUUGCUUGUUUUAUGGCGCCCUCUGCAGCAUACCGGUAGGG